CCCUCAGCCAUGAGGAGAUCAAAAGGAUUUAAUAUCUGUGUGGUCACCUGCAGCAUCCUGCUCUUGUCCUGCAGCCUUCUAUGCCUUGCUCAGCCUCUGGAGGAGACUGGUGUGACAAAGGUCCAGCACGGCCCCUGGGCAGGGAAUGGGCUGGAAGAUGAAAGGACAGGCAUGGUGGACUUGAAAAACAAUCUGGGCCCUUCUGAGCAGGCAGCUUCUGAGGAGCCAUGUGCAGUGUCAGCACAGCCAUCUGGGACACCUGUGGAUGAAGCUUUCACUGCAGGAGGAGAAGCUCUCCCUGCCAGCCCGAGCCGUGUUGUCCCCAGCAGCCAGGCCCUGGGGGCUCACCCCUCUGCUGGGGCACUGCCUGCUGUGCCUGAGGAGGAGCUGGCUCCCACUGAGGCACAGCUGGACGAGGAUGAAGCACUCAGGGCCAUGCUGACCACAGCUGUGACCACGCUGAGCCCUCCAGUCCAGGAGGAGUCUGGUGGCCCUGUUGGUGACACCACAACAGAGGGUGGUGUGGCAGUGGAGCCCAGCUCUGCUGGCCCCUCAGCAAAGCCCCUUUCUGGGACCACUGUGGAGGAGGAGGAGGAAGCAGAGAGCAGCUCCCAGCCCACACUGAGCCCCAGCUCUCCCAGCUGGGAAGCAGCCAGUGGCCACCCUGUCAUCCCAACUCCCCAGGCUGUGGGUGUGACCUCUGAGCUGGAGAUGCCAAGACCCCGCACAGGGAGCCCUCUGAGAUCCCUGGCUCCACCAACAUCUGUGGCUGCCAGACAUCCCCUUGUGGCAACUGAGGCCUCCCUUCAGCCAGAAGCAGGGACAGGUGUCGCACAACAAGAGCUGUCCCCCACGGCUGGCACUGUCACCAUCGCUCCUAUGGACACUGUGCCACCUGACUGGGAUGACACAAAACUGGGGGACAUCAGUCAAGGGGGAAGCAUGUCUCACCAGGAGGUGACAGAGGAGCUGGGGACAACAGAACCAUCCCAGACCACUCAGGAGGAUGUGGAGGAGGAGGAGGAGGAUGCCACAAGAGCAGUGCCCUCCCCAGUGUCCCCUCCACCAGUGCCUGGGCUUGCCAAGGAGAGCAACUGCACAGUGCCAGUGCAAGGGGAGGAGCUGCCAGCAACUUCCACAGGCAGCAAUGAUGCCUUCCACACUGGGAACCUGUCGGAUGCAGACACGGCUGAUCUUGGCUCGCUGGAAAACAUAAGUGCAGUCACAGCAGAGGAGGAGAAGAGCGUCCCUCCGUCACAGCCGGAGGCUGCUGUGGUGACAGAUACCCAGCCUGAGCUCUCUCCUACUCUGGGGAGUUCAUGGGAAGGUGUUACUCAGGAGGUGACAACAGCUGCCCAGGAGGCUGAUGCUGCUCUCUCAGCUGUGACAGAGGUGCCUGGUGCCACGCAGGGAGCAGGGGCUGCCAGCUUUCCUCAGGAGAACAGCGGGGAGGACACCCAGAUGCUGACGGCUCCCAGUGCCACUGAGGUGCUGGUGGCGCCUGGUGCCUCCUCCACAGUGAACCCUGUGCAUGCAGAAGAUCUCACAGAUGGGAUCCUGGUCACCAGUGAGAAGGUUGUUCCAGCCACUGGUGGGAUGUCUUCUAGCCCAGCUGGACAGACAGAGGAGCCAUCCAGCAGAAGUGUGGUCCUGGUGACUCCAGCAUCAGUGGCCUCCUCUGUCAGGAGAACAGCUCUUCCCUCUGUGCGGAGGAUCAGCACGGCCGUGACCUACGGGCUGGACCGCCUGGAGUCAGAAGAGGGUGAGGAAGAGGAAGAGGAUGAAGAGGAGGAGGAGGAAGAAGAAGAGGAGGAAGAGGAAGACGAGGAGGACAAAGACAUUGACCUGAUGGAUGAAAGCAUGGAGGGUGACACGGAGCUGCCAGGCUUCACGCUUCCAGGAGAGACCUCCCAGGAGCCCCUGGCUGGCCUGGAAAACCCUGUGGCCCAGCUGGCUGGGGUAUCCUACCAGGUUCCUGACACCAUUGAGUGGGAGCAGCAGAACCAGGGUCUGGUGAGAAGCUGGAUGGAGAAGCUGAAAGAUAAGGCAGGAUACAUGUCGGGGAUGCUGGUUCCUGUGGGAGUUGGAAUAGCCGGAGCCCUGUUCAUCCUGGGAGCGCUCUACAGCAUUAAGAUUAUGAAUCGCCGGAGGAGAAACGGCUCAAAGAGACAUAAAAGGAAGCAGAGGGAAUUUAACAGCAUGCAGGACCGAGUCAUGCUCUUGGCCGACAGCUCCGAAGACGAAUUUUGAGUGGAACUGCAGU